UAGACCAAGGACUUGGCAUAACGUGAGAGUUGCAUAUAUAUUAGCCAUCAUUACUAACUCCCUAGGGGUACCUCAAUUGGAUUUGGAGUCUGGGCAUCCAACUGGAAAGGCCUGCUUAGGAGUGUCUUGUGAAUGUGAUUUGCAUAACGGUUGAGGCCCUGCUGACGUCAAGGGGUCACUACAGCUCCAGGUCAGAUCUAGACCUGGAAGUAGCUCCUGCCACAGAACAGUCCCACAACCACCCCACCUACCUUGCUUCCUACCCAACUCUCGAAGCACCAGGAAGUGAAACAAAGCAGCAGAGCCCCGUGCCUCCAACUCACCCUUGUCUCUGUCAUCCCAACCCCCAAGAGUCUACUUCCUCUUCCCUCUUUUACCUUUCAUCUCCUAUCCUUUAGGCCUUCCAGAAUGGGGCCACAUUUGGGAAGAAGACAGGAGAUAUUAAACACAAGUGAGCCGCCAGGAUUCAUGGAGAACAUUACACACAUGCCCCAUCCCAGGCCUCCAGCCACAGCAACCACACGUCUCAUUUCCCUUGGAGCUGAGGCUGCAUACCUGGGCUCCCCACGGAGGGGGAUGAUGCAGGGAGGGGAAUCCCACCUGCUGUGAGUCACCUGCUGCUAUAAAGGGCGGGCCUUACAAUGCAGGGACCUUAAAAAGAGACUCAGAGACAAGGGGAGAAAAGCAGCAGGAAGCAGCUCAGAAACUCAGUGAACAACAGAAGGAACCAAAGCAGAGGCGCGCAGAACAGACAGCAUCAGGCUCAGAAGAGAGGGAAGUGGGCAGAGAUUCCACAAGGACCGGCGCGAGGCACAGAGCCAGCCAGAUUUGAGCAGGCGACGGGAUGCUGGGGAGCAGGGUUCUGAUGCUGCUCUUGCCGCUGCUGCUGCUGCCACCGCUGCCCUGGCUGGCUGAGACCCGAGCCGUGCCUGAGGGCGGUCGCCCUGCCUGGGUCCGGGGCCAGCAGCUCUCACAGCAGCUCUGCACGCUGGCCUGGAGCACACAUCCUCAUGUGGACUUACCAAGAGAAGAGGAAGAUGAUGAGACUACACAGGAGGUCCCCCGCAUCCAGUGUGAGGAUGGCUGUGAUCCCCAAGGACUCGAAGACAACAGUCAGUUCUGCUUACAAAGGAUCCACCAGGGCCUGGUUUUUUAUGAGAAGCUGCUGGGCUCAGACAUUUUCACAGGGGAGUCUUCUUCACUCCCCAACGGCCCUGUGGGCCAGCUUCACGCCUCCCUCCUGGGUCUGAGGCAACUCUUGCAGCCUGAGGGUCACCACUGGGAGACUGAGCAAACUCCAAGCCCCAGUCCCAGCCAGCCAUGGCAGCGCCUCCUUCUCCGCUUCAAGAUCCUUCGCAGCCUCCAGGCCUUUGUGGCUGUAGCUGCCCGGGUCUUUGCCCAUGGAGCAGCAACCCUGAGCCCCUAAGGCCAAUGGCUUAAGGAUGGCACCCAGAUCUCCAUGGCUCAGGAGGGCUGAAAUCAAUCAGCCCAGGCACCUGGGAGCCAACAAGUUAAUUAGUCCAUUAAUUCUAAUGAGACUUGCGUAUGUUGAAAAUUACCAAUACUAACUUAUGCUGCUGAUCUAGGACCAAGUUGAGUAUUUAUUAAAAAGGAAGGGAAAACUUGAGAUUAUUUAUCCUCAGGGCAGCAGUUUGGGGAGGAUUAUUUAUUAUAUUUAUUCUGAAUUAUGUACUUUUUUCAAUAAAGACUUAUUUAUGUGGAUAUCUGUGUGUGAUUUCUAGGCCUGGUUGGGAAAAGGAAAAACAGGGCCAAAGGACUAUAGUAUGCAUCCUUCUGUUCUCCAAGGCUCCAGUGGAGGGGCUAUAUCCUCAUGAGCUUCUGGUGUACGCAUAAAGUAACAGGGAUCUUUUUGGUCUGGAUCCCUGUAUAGCUGAGCAAGCUGAAUGGGAUUACCAAGGAUUAAGACUAGGAAAUUGGACCCGUAAAUGUGACUGCUUUUGCUGCCUGACCCUGUGCCUCCUUACUUUCUUGGCCAAGAGUGUAUUUGGCCAAACACAGGAAUCCCAAUCACUGCAGGAUCAAAAGUCAGAGCUUUUUGGGCAGGAAGGGCAUUCCAGAAAGAUGGUGGUAAAUCCCCCAAAUUAAUGGGAUUCUCCCUGAGUGGUCAUCUGUGAGCCCCAUCAGAGGGUUUGAUCACCCAAGGGGAGGUCAGCUACCUUUGGAAACAAAGAGAAGGGGAAGGCUACUGUGGUCAUUCCCCGUCCUUUUCUCCAUAGUCACAAGAUUAAAAACACAUGGGCUUUGGAGUCAAACAGACCCCGGCUAGUAUCUUGGCUUUGUCACCAACCAGCUGAGUGACAAUGGGCUAGUUAUAGAACUGCUCACCAUACACCCCAACACACAGAUAGCUCCCAGCCCCCCUGGAAGAAUCAAAGGGACAGAAAAACCUGUUCUAAAUAGGGGGGUAAGGAGUGCCUGAGUGG